AUGACAGAAUAUGGAGCAUCACGUCUUACAAGAAAGUGUUCCUUAUCUGUCUUCUUUGUGAUCGAACUCGUCGCUUUCACUCUCUGCCUUUUGGCACUUCUCAGCCCCACAUGGCAAUAUGUUUAUCUUGAGAACGGCAAAUCCGAGCAUCAUCACGGUUUAUGGCUGGAUUGUGUCCGUUUUCUUUCUUAUGUUUAUGGAGACACCGAUAAGAAUGUGGAAACGAAUUGGAGACGAGAAAUCGAGAACACCCCAUUUGCGCUCUAUUAUUUGCCCGAUUUGAAUUGUGUCUACAAAUUUGAUUACUACAUCGAUCAAGAGGAUCUCUACGAUCAUAAUCAUGAUGAGAAUCGAAUUGAGAAUGAUGCAUGGCAACAUUUAUUCCUUGGCCAUAAAAUCGCAGCUCUUUGCGCAAUUGGUGUCGCUUUUCUUUUCUCAUUUGCUUCGCUUCUCGUCGGAAUUUGUUCUUAUUGUCAUCGAACAUUUAUUUGUGCAUCAACCGUUCUCAUUACGAUGGCUGCCUUUUUCUCAUCGAUUGGCGUCGGCGUUUUCUACAUGUGGGCGAAUUAUCAAGACAAUAAAAUAAUCAAGGAAGAAGAUAUGGAAAUCUAUGAGCAACAACUCGGCUGGGCUUUUCAUUUCCAAUUGAUCGCCACGUUUCUCCACUUGCUCGCAUCGGUUCUCGGAUGUUGUGCAACGUCGCUCGCUUUUCGGAAAGGACGAGCGAAACUGGUGAAAAUUGAGGUGGUCGAGGGUGGUGAUGAGAGUUCUCCCCUUGCCUCCACUUCUCAUCUCACAUCAACAACUCAACCAUUUAAACGAUCGUUUUCUGCAAUAUACAGAGUCGACUCAGAAGCACUUCAACGAUGGGAGAAAGAGUAUAUGAAAAAUAUGAAACAAGAGCAAAGUGGCUUUAAAAGAACGGCGUCUGUGCCGAAUUUCACAAAAAAGCAAAGAAAAGCGAUGUUAAAGGCUCAACGAGAGGCGGCUCGUUCCGAAGAGCUCUUCACCUCGACCAGCAACAUUUUAUCGGAAAGAACUGUUACCACAGGCGCCAGCAACACUUUAGAGUCUCACGAGCGUCGCCGUGGCUCUUCCCCGCCACUUCCCAUUGCAACAACACCAAAAUCAAUAAUGAAAAAAUCGAACCAAUCACUCGCUCAACUCUCUCAAAAGACUCAAGCAGACCCGUCAACAACCUAUGAAUACCUUCCCUGUCCCGCUCCGUCAACCAUCGCUUUCUCAACUUUUAGACCAUCCAGAGACUCUCCAUCAAUCUCGAGCGCCAAAUAUGAUUCCGUCUACGAGACUUUACCGGUCGACAAUUAUGAGGAACCGAUUUCAAUCAAGAAUCGACUCAGCAAUUCGACUUUUGGAGAGGAAAGCAACAGGAAAGCUCUCCUACCCACUCUACCAAUUGUCUCCGGCUCAGCUCAAUCGAUUCCCACUCAAAAGACGACACUCAUUGAUGAUGUCAUACAAAGACCAUCAACUUCGCAGGAGCUUCUCUCAAUCCGGGAACGCAUCACUCGCGAAGAAAAAACGAUCGAAGAAAUGCGCAGAAGGGAAAUGUUGAGGAAAAGAGUCGAAGAAAAUGAGGAAAAUAUGAGAAAAAUUGGGGCAAGAGAGCCCAUUGGCUCACAGGGUUUAUCGAUUCGAGAUAUCGGAAUCACGUUGAGAUCCCCGCAAAAGGGAUACGCCACCGUGCAUCAAUCGACCACGAUCGGGGUAUCAAAAGAUCAUCGGGAGGAUCUUUUGCCGAGAACAAGACCACCGCCGACCCCACCAAAACCGUCCUCAACGAGAGAAAUGUCAACAUGCGAUGAAGAGUCAACCUGUCCGCCAUCGAUUCAAAUAAAUACAUUUGGAGAGGGACCUUUGAGAAGAUCACUCACAAAUCUCGCCGUGAAAAGCACAAUUGGAAUGGGUGAAGCGAGAGAGCUUUUCUCGAGAACCGACUCGAUUCCCUUGUCAACGAACAGCUCAUCGAAAACCACGAAAUCUGCAUCACAUCGCCGUUUGUUGAGCAUCAUUCCUGAUGAGGUUGAUCGAUCCGUCGGCUCAUCGACCCUUCUCGACAAUGAAUGCCUCCCGAAUUCCACAAAUCGCCUCAACUAUGCGAGAGAUGCCGAAUUAAGGCUGAAUCUUUUCCUCAAUGAUUCCCAUUCGACGAAAGAAUCCGAGACAACGGUU